CAGUCAAACACAGAAUGAACUCUUCGCGGUCCAAUUGAUUUAAUCGGACGAACCAAAAUUGAUUCAUCGGUUUAGACCCGGUUAAAGAUUUAGGUUAAUCAAUCUCUCAUCAUUUUUCUCGUCUUAAACCAGGAGAGAGUUAGUUGAUCUCGACCGAUCCGGAAGAAUCAGCGCCACUCUCAUCCUCCUCCUGGCUUUGCUCUCGGAACCUUUUGAAGAAGAUGAGCAGCGAAGUUGCUAGAGUUUACCGAGACAUUCUUAAAGCAGUGGUGAAACAUGUUGGGAAAGAAGACCACAAGUCUCAUUUCACCGACUUUGUCAAGCGCGAGUUUCGCAACAACUCAAACUCACUCCACCUUGCCCGCAACUACACUUAUCUUCUUAAUAGCAUUCACUCUCACAAGGAUCUGUUGUUCUCAUACAACAUUGCAGUUGAUAGAACUGAAGAAAUGAAACGGGUGCUUGGCAAAUCUGCAGCUAGUGUGGGGCUUCGUCUUCCCGAGGUUUACCAGCCUUGAUCAUUACACAUUCCUCCUUUUCUUUCCGGGGAUUUAAGCCAGCCACUCUGGUUUCUUCUUCUUUUUCUUGGAAUAAGUGUGAUCCUCUUUGUAGCCAGACGACAGCUCUUGCAUUCAAAGAUCUGAGAUGCAUUCAUUUCAAUUU